AGUUAAAAAUGAGUAACAGAUAUUUUGUUCAAGAAAAGUUUUACAAUUUUACAAACUCAACAAAUUUUUUUAUUGAAACUUCUAUGAUUUCCUCGAACACCGAAAAUUGCAAAAUGGUCAUCUCCCUAAAAACAAUUUUUUAUUCUUUGUUAAUGAUACUUAUCUUAUUGGCGAGUGUAAUGGGUAACAUAGUUGUUGUGACUGCUAUCUUAAUAUCGAAAGGGUUACGAAGAAAAACAACCAUGAACUUUGUCAUCAGUUUAGCAUUUUCAGAUCUCCUGUUAUCAUGUUUUAAAAUUCCGAUCAUUAUACUGACAAUUUUAAAAAAUAUGGAUUUUUGUCAGAGUCUUGCAGCAUGUUAUUUAUUUAUCAUUACCGAUGUUGUUGGAAAUGUUGCGAGUAUAUUAAAUUUGUUGUUAAUAGCUAUUGAUAGAUUUAUUGCAGUGUCAUUUCCGUUUCGAUAUUCUGAUUGGAUAACGUUGAAGCGUACAAAAAUUCUAUCAACUGGAAUAUGGUUGUUUGCAUUUUUCUGGAGCGCCGCUGGUUUGUUUAAAUGGGACAAUGUCAAAAAGCAAGCUACUACAAUAGACAGAGGUGUUUGUAAAAAUACUAAUCUUGUCUAUUACGCCGUUUCAUUUUAUGGCAUCUACAUCACUGCAUUAAUAAUAAUGACAUGUAUUUAUCUGAAAAUUCUCCACGUUGCCAAGGGCCAUAUCGAUGCAAUAGACGCUGUAACACCUGCUCAACACAACCCUCAUUCAGCAAGUAUUAAAGAGCAGCUACUAAAAGAUAAGCGUAAAAAGAGAUUAAGUCGCGAACUAAAACUGACCAAAUCAUUUGGAAUUGCGUACCUUGCUUUUUUAGCUUGUUGGCUUCCAUCUUGUAUUAUUAACAUCAUCAUUAAAAUUGAUCAAGACUACUUUCAAAAUUUGAAACGCUCUCAUCCAACUUUAUUCGAUUUUUUAUACUAUUUUUCAAUUAUUAUCUUGCCCUCAAUGAACACCAUGCUUAACCCUAUCAUAUAUAGCUUUUAUAAUCAGCAUUUUUUAAGAGCUUUUAAAGAUGUGGUUAACAAGUUCAUAAUGAAAAGAAACACGUUUGCUGAAAGAAAAUCAACAAAAGUUACCUCAGUUAACGUUUAUAAUUUCAACCACAUACAUCAAAAAAAAACUUUUUAAAA